AUGGUGGAGGCUUUCCGGGUGCCGGGGACGAUUUUGAUCCCCUCUAAUGCUAUGACCUACAAUCCACCAGGAAAUGAUUUCCACAUCAUUGCUGAUACUUUGAGUAAAUUUUUUGAAGCAAGAUGGAAAGUUAUUGCGAAUAAACUUCUGAAGGAUUCCCAGCCAUUACCAGAAAAAUUAGACGUACAUGGAGAAAAGGGGACUAUUAAGCCAAUGCCUCCAUCAAAAAAAAGAAAACUUACUUCACCGCAACAUAAAGCUAUGCCUGGCCGUGCAAAGAGAAUAAUGACAUAUGAGGAAAAACAUAAGUUAAGUAGAGACUUUGAGGCUUUGCUGGGAGAGUUGCCAGACAAUAUUUUUGAAUUUGUGAGGGAUCAGAUUUCAAAUGGAUGGGAAGCUAGAGAGGAUGAGAUUGAAGUUUAUAUUGAUGAUCUCAGUGAUAAUACCUUGUUCAUGUUACGGAAGCUUCUAGAUGACUAUUUACGAGAAACACGAAAGAACCAAGCAAAAGCCAAACCCUGUGAAAUAGAGGUACUAAACGGAUCAUGGCUUAGUGAUUUAUCUAUGCAAUUUUUGUGCAAAGGUUAUUAGCGAUUCUAUUUGGUUGCUACCAAAAUUGCAGGCAUCUUUACUGCAUCUCAAUCCAUAUUUGAUAUAUCGCCUUAUAUAAUGUACAUUUGUAUGGAUUUACAAUAUUGAUAUUGAUGUGAAUGAGCCUCCUGUUUCGAGCCAAGUCCAGUAGAGAAAGAAAAAGAUAUAGGCUGUAAAAGCAACACAUGUAUCAGUUCAGGCAGCUCCAGUUACAAUUCUGCAAACAAUAAUGAGAAAAUGCAUAGAAGAAGAAGGGGCUGUACCUCAAGGACAUGACUGCUGCAGCCAAAGACACACCAGAGAUGGAGUUAAAGUUCGGAAGAUGGGAGAGCACGAAAUGGACAGAGGAAAAAAUCA